CCCCCGGCAGGUUGGCCGAAGCUCCACGUCCAGGUGUGGCACCAGGACGCUUUUGGGCGCACCGAUUUGUACGGCUACGGCUUCUGCCACGUGCCCUCCAGCCCCGGCGCCCACCAGCUGGACUGCGUGACGUGGCGCCCGCUGGGCUCGUGGCAGGAGCAGCUGUCCCAGUGCUUUGUGGGAGGCGGCCCCCAGCUCAUCAGCAGCGACCUGAUCUACACAGGGGGCAACCGCUACCGCCUGCAGACCUGUGCCAUGGGCACCGUGCACUUCCAGCUGGCGGUGCUGCUCCGUAACUUCGACCGCUAUGGGGUGGAAUGCUGAGUUACCCCCCCUCUCAGGACGGAGCCCCUUCGCUGGGCUUGGAAGCAGAAGAUGGGUCCGUGAACCCCCAAAGUUCAGGCAUCGGAAGAACCUGGGGCCAAAGUGGGGGGAGGCUGCUCUGGGAAGGAAGACCCCCCCCACCUCUGCUUAAACUGAGAGAAUCGCAAGCCAUAACUCCAAACCAGGGGUCUCCAAACUUGGCCACUUUAAGACUUGUGGACUCCAACUUCCAGAAUUCUCC